AUGCAUAAACCGGCAAAUUUAAUUGACUGUAAUAUCGCCGGCGACCCUUUUCCAAACAUCCAGUGGUUCAACUCGCACGGACACCUGCUUGAUACUAAGAAAAGUGAUGGUAAAUGGUGGAUUCUGGACAACGGCGUCCUCAACAUCACCAGCAUCACGUUUGCAGACCGCGGCAAAUACACGUGCAUGGCCUACAACGCGCACGGCAAGGCCAACUGCACGGUGACGCUGCGCGUGGUCUUCACCAACGGAGAUAUGGGUGUGUACUACAUGGUGGUGUGUCUGGUGACGUUUACCAUCAUCAUGAUUCUGAACAUCACUCGCCUUUGCAUGAUGAGCAGCCAUCUGAAGAAAACCGAGAAGGCCAUCAACGACUUCUUCCGCACGGAAGGUGCGGAAAAGCUCCAAAAGGCCUUCGAGAUCGCGAAGCGAAUUCCUAUCAUUACCUCUGCAAAAACGCUGGAGCUGGCGAAGGUCACGCAGUUCAAGACCAUGGAGUUUGCGCGCUACAUCGAGGAGCUAGCACGUAGCAUACCGCUCCCGCCGCUGAUCAUGAACUGCCGCACCUUCAUGGAGGAGAUCCUCGAGGUCGUCGGCGUAGAGGAAAUGAGACACACUUUUGUCCGACAAGCACCUGAGAAUUACGGUGGGGUGGCUGCUGGCACUUCCGAUGACGUUUUCACUAUAUUGCGCGAAAGAGAGCGGGCGAGGGAGAGGGAGCGCAGCGAUUCUCCCGCCGUGGACUCGGACGACGCGUCGCUUCACGAGCAGCCUCAGCACAUGGCCAUUCAGGUUUCGAUUCAUCCGCCGUUAGCUGCAGCAGGAUGCUGUAACGAGGAAGCUCCGCCUCUUUCCAAAAUAGUCUCCUCUCCGUCCCCAUUGGCUCAGCUGCCUCUGGAGGCGGAGUCUGAGGAGAAGGAAAACAAGGAGGAGUCUGUACAAGUAGGUGGUGCUGCACAGAAAACCCAAGUCAUUUAUGAAAGCCAUGUGUAAUAUCCUGAAGGAAGGAUAAUGACCUCGCUAUGCAUUUUCUUUGGGAACUUAAAGGUCAAGAUUUGUUUUUCUUCUCAGAAGUUGCUUUCUAUUAGUCAUCUUAGGAAAGAUGAAGAAUAGAUGCAUUUGUGUUUGGGUGAAUCUCGCAAAACUCAUAUUGCUGGGUCAUAUUUUACCUUGGGGGGGAGAGGAAUUGUAUUUUGCGGUAAAGAAAAUAAAGCCCAUUUUCCAUAGUUUCUGCAAUGCGUUGUGAUAUUUUAAUGAAGUUAACCCUCCAUCUUUAGAAGCUAUUGUAAUUCAUAAAAUGUUCUCAUUACUGUACAAUUAAAAAUAUAUUUUUAAAAUUUUAAAUGCUCAAUAUUCCUUCAGUUAUACAUCUUGGUUUGUAUUUGUGACGGCUGAAUUGAAUUUAGGUUGAUUUCAAUUAAAACUGAACAGAAUAAUUGUUAGUACUUUUGCGAUUAUAUAAAAAUAUUCGCAUUACUGUGUAUUUACAUAAAAAAAAAUUUUAUUAUUGUUAUUUUGCAUGACCGUAAUGUGAUUUUAAAGGCAAAAUUUGCCUAAAAUGAUAUCACCACAAUCCCCCAAAAUUAUUAAUAGUCCUAAAAAUGGUUUAUUUUAUGCAAUUUUUUUUCUUCUUUGAAUUUUGGGGUAAAAUAUAGCCUUGUCAUUUCUUUGUGAGAUUGACCUGUGUAAGUUAUAUUUCCCAUGACAAUGAAUACUCAUGCUGAAUGUAUUUUGGGCGAAGUUCUCUAUUUAUUUAGAAAAUCCAGGUUUGCUCACGAUUAAUUUUUUUCACAGUUUCCAGAAACUAGGGCUCUUGAGGGAUACAAAGCUCACAUCUCACGUCUUAAUCAUCAGACAUAUAGUUAGGUUGGAUUUAGUUACGGAUUAUCCAUUUCACGAAUGAAAGAGAACGUACGACUGAUUAAUACAUUUGGCUGAAAUUACACCGUUUUGAGGCUGAAGUGCAUUUUUCAUUCCAUAGAAAUCCCACAUCUUUGAAAAUAUUUCAGAAGCGAUGUGCACAGUAGUUUCUAAGAUCUCGCUCCCUCUUGUAAUGCAUGAAGAAUGCAUGUGGAUCUGUCUUCAGUGCUGGACUCGGCGAGACUAAACGUUUGUUUGUGUGAUCCUGUCUGCUAUGUGUUAUUUAUCAUCGGAGUCGGGUAAACUCGGCAUCGACGCUUUGAAUAGCAUUGUAGAAAUUUCACUUUGAGAUUACGAGGCAUUUUAUUCCGUCGAGUUUCCACUGGAGUCUUCAUACUGUUACUGUAAUCAAUGAUCGUAUUAUUACCGUACUAGUAAAUAUUACUUUUGAUUUCAGACGCACAGCUAGGUUUCUUUCUUUCGAGUCUUUUUGAGGGUUCAACAGAGAGUUCUUUAUAACGGAGCCACGAUAAUAAUGUUUAAUCUCUUCUGAUGUCCGAAACGCUUCUUAAAAAGGCUCACCUUUUAGUUUCAGUGCAAACAAGUUAGAGUUCUUCUUUUCUUUGGGCUCUAAAUCCAGAGUAACCUAGCAGUCCGCUGCACUGCUGAUAUAGCUAGACGGGUUAAGCGCUAGUCAUUACGAAUGUUCCUGUUUUAGAAGUAGUGAAAUAAAGCUGCUGUGUACCCAUGA